UACACGAUACGCCACUCCAGUCUCCGUAUUUAUUUUCAGGCGUUGUCUAUAAAACCUCGUCGACGCUUUAAGUCCCCCUAAAAAUUGUAAUUUGAAGAGAGAGAAAAUACUUGUGUGCUUCUUUUUCGAUAACCCAAAAUCUCACAAUAUUGUUACCAAUCAGGCAAUCAUCACCUGCAAAUCACUAUUACAAGAUGUCUUUGCAUCUUGCUAAUCUGUCACCUCGAAUGCGUAAGGAUCAGCUGGAACGUAUUUUCAAGAGCUUUGGCCGGUGCACUGUGCAACUGAAAGAUGGAUAUGGGUUUGCAGUGUAUGACUUCCGUGGGGAUGCUGAGCAGGCUUUAAGGACUCUGAAGGGCAGGAAGAUUUGUGGUGAGUCUGUAUAUCUUUCGUGGUCAAACAAGCAGCCUAAGCCAUCGCAAAGAGAUGCCAGAUCCCAUGAUGUGCGAUAUGGAAUACAUUCUGACCGAGGUGAUGAUUUUGUUGGUCGUAGAGAUUACUUAAUGAGUGGCAAAAAACAACCUGAUAAAGGUCGAGAAAGGCACAAGUCUCCUGAGAUACAUGAUGAUAGGCACAGGUUUAAUCUUAAUGAUGCAGGACGUAUAAAUUAUGAUCAAAGGGAAGUAUUUUUGGAAGCAGGCGGUCGUGUUGUAAUUAAACCCAAUCAGAUGGAUGAUGGAAGGUGGGGAGAGCAACUUGAUAAUCUUCGAAAUGAUACUAGUUAUGAUGCACAGAGGGGAUUUGAUCGAUAUGACCCUGGUCGUGUUGAUGAAAGAGGUGAAGAAUAUGAGAAUCGUGGUUUGGAACAUUUUGCUGGUUCACAUUCUGUAAGGACAUCACCAGACAAGAACAGGAGAGUACAUCCUGAUAGAAAAAGAGGCCAGCAAACUUGUUUUAAAUGUGGAGCUGUUGGUCACAAGAUGCGUGAUUGUUCAUCAAAAGAGGCUUUGCAAGAGAAGAGCAUGUACCACCCAUAUCAUAGGCAAGAUGUAAAAGCUAAGAAUGAAGUUGAAAGGACAGAGAUUAGAUCUGGAGGACGAUUGCAGUCUUGUCAUCGGAAUUCGAAAUCUGCAAAACAACCUGACAUUCACGGGGAAAUAUCUCAUUCAGAAAAGGAUGGAGUUAAACACUCUCCUGUAGAAAAUGAAUGUGGGUGGGAUAAGAGAAAGAAUUAUAAUAGAGAUAGACAAAGGGUGAGUGAUGAUAAAAUUUUAGAGUCGCAUGAUGAUAAGAAAAAGAGGGGGUCUGCUUUGUCUCAUCUUCAUUCUGAUUAUGCAUCUCCUGAGUUGGGCAGAUAUUCAAGACCGUCAAAGCCUUUGGGGGGUUUGAGCUCUCACUUUAAAAAUGGAUCACCUAGAUUACAUUCCCUUUCUGCUAGAUCCAGAUCCUAUUCAAGAUCGCGCAGAUCCAGGUCCCAUUCAAGAUCGCGUAGAUCCAGGUCCAAUUCAAGAUCACGAAGAUCCAGAUCUUAUUCCAAAUGGCGCAGAUCCAGGUCCAAUUCAAGAUUGCAUAGAUCCAGGUCUAGAAGUGUUAAGAUCAAGUCUAGGUCAAGGUCAAGAUCACCAUCCUCUUCCCUGUCUAUCUCUAUUGGUCGGUCUUUAUUCUCCUCCCCAAACAAGGCAGAGGUUAAUGUGAAUGCAAAUUCUGAAGGUGGACCUAGUCCUCUGUCCAGGGACGCGCAUACCGAAGUCAGGCAACAUGACAAACCUGAAAUAUGUGAGGAAAACCUGUCCAUUGCUAACAAAGCAGAGAGAAGUUUGAGUGGAUGUAUGGAUAGUCUCACAAGUUAUCAAAUCAUGGAUGUUCCAAUAGAGAGGAAGGGAUCUGAACAUAACUCAGAUAUUAUGACUUCUACAAAGCAUACAGAGGAAAGCUUGAAUGGUUUUGGGGAAGAUGAUCAGAUUCCACAAUAUCAGGACAUUCAGGAGGCAAUGCUUGAGGAGAGUCAGUGGUUAGAGCCUCAGCAGAAUUUUGAACCUUCACAAGCAGAUGCUCCUCUAGGAAGCAAAUGCAUUUCUACUUCUAAACAGAUGAUAGAUGGCAUGAAGCUGGACAAAGUACUUACUGAUGCUGAUAGUGACUCCACUGCCCCUCAUGUAUUAUGUGACCUCAAGGCUCCUAGCUCAUCUUUGCUUGAGAAGGGUGACGGUGAAUAUGCUGCUGUAAACAUGUCAGCUGCAGAGCUAAAAGAAAUCGAAGAAUUUGAAAAUGCCAAUGUAGAAACGACUAAAUCAAUGGAACCAAUCAAUGAUAUCUCAGAUCUGGAAGCUUCACCUAAAUCACAUGUUGGCAGCCGUUUAAGCAUAUCUGCAGAGGAAUUGUCCAGGGUUAUUGAACGCUAUGGUUUGAAACUUCCAGAAGAGAAUGAACAGCACCUUGAUGUUGGAGAUUACUUUGGUUCUUCCCGACUAUGGCCUUGGGAGAUAAUUUAUUACCGGAGACUGAAAAAGGGUCUAAUCUCAAUGGAAAACUAUGCUAGGCGAGUAGCACAGAAUGAAGCAUUCCACAUAACUGAUAAAUAUAUUAGAAGUAGUAGUGGUUGGGAGGAAUUGCUUGAAGAACAUUGUUAGAAAGAAUUACCUUUUUGAUGCUUCUUGUGCGUUACUUGAAUAUAAGUGGUGGUUAACUGUUUCACUUUCCUUUUGAAAGUGGUUGCUGAAUAUUACAAACGAAAAUUUGGUGAAAAAUGAAUUUUGCACUUCUAUAACAGAAAAAUCUAGGUCAGUGCCCUCUAUCUCUCUCUCUCUCCCCUCCCCUCCCCUCCUAUACCCCCUCCCCAUGUCUUUCUUUGACUUGCUUGUCACCAUUCAAUAUUCUUCCUAAAGAUUGCCUCUUCUAUCCGGUCUUGUACCAACAAUUUGUCACGGAUGAAGGAACUAAUGACCCGGGAUUACUACCUUUGAAUCUAUCAUUGCUUAAAACAUCGUUCAUCAGAAUUAAGAAUAUGCUAAAAAUUAUAGCAGAUAGUUUAUGAUUUACUUUUUCCCCUUCUCUGCUGCUUAUGUGACGUUUAUGUUGUGAGGUUGUUUGAUGUGCAGGGCUGCUUUAAAUCACUAAGAAUAGGUGGAUUUUGAUGUCAAGAUUGGUUACGUAUUACCAAGUGUUAUUAUCUUAUGUAUUGUAUGCAGGUUAUUGCAGAAACUUACCAUGAAAGAGAAAUUGAUAAUCCAAUAUAGGGUUUAUGAUUUUGUGUAGCUCCUUGUUUCUUCUUGUUUAGUACCAUCAUGCAUGUUCGAAAUAAAAUCCAUCUUUAUCACGUCCAUCUUGUUGAACCAGCUUGAGUGAUUACUUAGGAUUUUGGAACAUUAAUCUGAUUAUUUUUGUCAGAACUUAAAAUAGUUUCAUUUUCUGCUGUUUGCUAUCUUCAGUUGCAAUAAAAUCAGCACAUAAAUCUUUUUUGAGUUAGACUAGAA